AUGCCCAAUUGGAUAGCUAAACCUCAUCUCGUUCUUCCUUUCCUUUUGGUCGUCAUACUGAAAGAGGUCUCUUUACUUGAUAAUGGAUUCGUUAGUCCUGCCAUGGGUUGGAAUACUUGGAACAAAUAUGGUUGUUCGAUAAACGAACAAAUAAUACUCAAGGCGGCUGAGGCGAUCAAGAACCAUGGACUCGACAAACUGGGCUACAACUGUACGAUCGAUGAUUGUUGGCAAGCUCCGCAACGUGGCCCUAACAAUGUUCCUUUGGCCGAUCCUAAAAAGUUUCCAAAAGGGAUCAAAGCUUUAGCCGAUGAAAUCCAUGACAUGGGAUUAAAGGUCGGAAUCUACUCGGACGCCGGAACCUAUACGUGUGGCAAACGAUACGGAUCUUUAGGGCACGAGAAAGUGGAUGCCCAGACAUAUGCAAACUGGGGUAUCGAUUACCUGAAAUACGAUAAUUGUUAUAAUGAAGGCUUGUCCGGCACGCCACAAAUUUCUGCUACAAGGUACAGAGCCAUGCGAGAUGCUCUAAACGCAACAGGACGGCCGAUCGUAUAUUCUCUUUGUCAAUGGGGUGAGGACGCAGUUUGGAAUUGGGGCUGGACUAUAGCUAAUUCCUGGAGAAUAAGUGGCGAUAUUUAUGAUCAUUUUGAUCGGCCAGAUGAUCGAUGUCCUUGUAAAGACUCGGUCUCUUAUUGCGCACUGGCCGGAUUUCAAUGUUCUGCGAUGAACAUACUGGAAAAGGCAGCGGGAGUAGGACAGAAAGCUGGUUCGGGCGGAUGGAAUGAUUUGGAUAUGCUCGAGGUCGGCAAUGGGGGGAUGUCAUACGAUGAAUAUGUUGCACAUUUUUCAAUGUGGGCAUUUGCCAAGUCACCUUUGAUCCUUGGAAACGAUGUGACUAACAUGUCGAAAGAGACAUUAUCAAUCAUCUCUAACAAAGAAAUCAUUGCUUUGAACCAAGAUAAGAGCUUUGAUUCGGGAUACCGAGUAUGGAAAAUGGAAGAUCCAAGGAAAUCCUCUGGUAGUAUCCAGCUUUGGAAGACUAGUCUGGUGAAUGGGUCCUACGCAUUAGCCUUUUUGAAUGCCACGCCGAAGAAAUUGGAUUACAUGGUUUCAUUGGCUGAUUUCUUUUUCGAUGAUGUGAGCGUCUUCUUGAAUACCUUUUCUAUGAGACAAACCUGCUCAUCAAGUUCGACCACUACCAGUCUUCCAAAAUCACAGAAAACUGGAAGAUCAAAGAUCUUUGGAAUGCUAGUCGGACAGUACAUGUAA